CAAGAGAGUGUUUGACACUGUACGAAACAUCAAUCAGAUAGUAAAGCAGAGGUCCCUAACUCCAUCUCCAACGAAUAUCCCAGGAUCUAACCAGUCCUCCACAGUGAAUUCAGUCAUUUCUAGCUGUGUCAGCACACCAUGAUCCAGUUUCUAUGGUGGAGACGUUUCCAAUAUUGAGCUAGACAAUAAGACAAACAGUAUCAUCCUAGAAACUGAAUCUACUGACUCUAGAGAUGAAGAGAAGAACAAGAAACCAGGAACACCACGUUCUUAUGACCUGGAAAAAGCCCUUCGAAGGUUGUCCCUUUGAAGGGAGAAUUACCUGUCAGAAAGGAGGUUUUUUGAAGAAGAACAGGAAAGAAAGUUGAGAGAAUUGGCAGAGAAGGGGGAGCUUCAUAGUGGUUCCAUUACUCCAACAGAGAGUAUUAUGUCAUUUAGAACACACUCCGGGUUUUCUGAAUUUACUGGCUAUUCAGGAAUAUCUGUCAGCAGUCGUUCAUACCUCCCAGAGAAGCUUCAGAUUGUGAAGCCCUUAGAAGGUUCUGCCACACUGCACCAUUGGCAACAGCUUGCUCAGCCUCAUCUAGGAGGCAUCCUAGACCCAAGGCCUGGGGUUCUUACUAAGGGCUUCCGCACUCUUGAUCUUGAUCUGGAUGAAGUGUAUUGCCUUAAUGAUUUUGAAGAAGAUGAGUCAGGUGAAAUUACAUACAAAGGCUUAACUACCUCAACACCAAUUCAGCACACAGAGACCUCAGUACAUCAUCCUGGGAAGUGCAUGUCACAAACCAAUUCCACAUUUUCCUUUACCACUUGCCGUAUUCUACAUCUUUCCAACGAUCUCACACGAGUUACACCAAGGUCAUGUGAGGAAGACGAUGAAACAGCUUUAUGUCACCUUAUGCUGAGAGGAGAUGUAGGGAACACAAUAUGACCAGCGUGACAGGGG